AUGAUUUUCUAUUCUUAUGGAUUUCCUUAACAGAUCAUCAUGAUUCUAGCAAUUAUUUUAAACAUAUUGAGAAUAAUAAAUUAAUUGUUAUUUUCAACUUUUAAAAAUCUAAUUACUAAGUCCAUACUCUUAACUAUUAAAGUUUUGACAUUCUUGUUUGGUCAGUUUUGGCUUUAAAUUAAUUUGUCUGCUUAAAUUAUAAUGAUCCCAUUGAUUUAUAAAAUGAUCAACACCUACUAUUAAAAUUAGCUAAGAAAGACUGUUUAUAACAACUAAAAGCAGAUACCAUGCCAUAUAAUCAGCCUAUUAGCUUUUCUUGAAAACGUAAAGGAAAUCUAAAAUCUAUAUGUUUCGAAACCUAAGAAACCAAGAGAUAGAAUUAUUUAUUCCUCCUUUUUAAUGUUUUAGAACAAGAAUUAUUAAGCAUUCCUAGAACUUAACAGUAUUUAAGAUUAUCAAUUGAGUUUGAUUGAGAGUUUUAAAAAAAAAAUAAUUUUACAAAAAUGUAUAAAAAAUAUUUAACAUACCAUCCUUGGAACAAAUAGGAUUGACAACAUUGCUCACACAAUCAAAUUAUUAUUGAAUAGUGAAGAACAAAAUUAUUCAAUUUAAAAUGAUAUUAUAGAAAUAGUUAAAAAUAAAGUUCAUUGUCUGGAAUUAUUUACAUAAAAUCCAUCCCAUAGUUCCUAUGAGCAUUAUCAUGACAUAACAAAAUAGAUUAUCCUUUUCAAAGAAAAAUUGGAAAAGCAAUACAAAGAAUUUCCAUGUGAAAAAACAUAAGGAAUUUUGGGAUUUUAUUAUGGUGAAAUAAUGAAUGACUAUCUUUUAGCAAACUAAUUAUUUAGUCUUUUAGCUAUACAAGACGAAAAAAUGAAGAAAAUCACUUAAAGUUAGGAUAUUUUUUCUAAUAAAAUGAUCUAUUUAAUUUUAAGAUUUGAUGGUAAAUUAAUUAUUAAAAGACCUUCAAAUGACGCUGCUUAAUUGUUAUUAUUAUCAAAUCAAUAAUUAAAAGGAUUAGAAUUAUUAUACUUUAUUCCUAAAGGUAUUUCAGAAAUCCAUGAUGAUCUAGUUUUGAAUUUUUUAAGAUGUGGAAAAUCAAAAUACAUGAGAUAAUUAAAUUAAUGUCUAUUAUAUAGUCAAGAGAUGGAAUGCAUGAGUUCCAUUGAAUUAUUAUUUGAUAUUAAUUUUGUUGACGAAUUGAAUUUCAUAGCUUUCCUUCAACCUCCUGCCAACCAAACUCUAAAUCUAAUUUUAAAUGAAUAAUAUCAAAUACAAUGUUUGAGUUAAUAACUCAUCUAAGACUUAGGAUUAGAAUAAUAAUAUAAGUAGUAUUAGGGCUAUCACAUCAAUAAACUUAUUCCUAAUUUUCCUAAAUAUUUAUUUGAUAAACAACAAAUUGAAAAUACAGAGAUUUUUAUUGAGAAAAUUGAUGAGCAAUCUUAAACAUCUAGUCAUCCUUUAGUUUUCAUAACAACCUUUAAUUUACACUUUGGAAUUGUAAAUGAUACUACAAAAUAUUAUAUUAUAUCUUUUGACUUUAUCAAAAGGUCCCCUUUUUAUUAAUGGUAAAAUAAUUCAAUUUCAGUCCCAUUUCUGAGUCCAUUAAUCAAAAAGCAAAAUCAUGGCUCAUUUGCCAUCAUUAAUGAUGAAAGUACAAUACAUAUACCUUAUCAAGAGGAUGAAUUGAUGAAAAAUCAAUCUCUAUUUUAGUUGAAUCAAUAAGACUUUAAUUUUUUAGAUAAUACACCUACUGCAUAAUGUUAAAAAAAAUAAGAAACAAAAUUGUUAUCUACACUUGAAUAAACUAAUAUUAAAACUACAUCCAAACAGAAUGAAUUGCUAUUAGCUGAGUAAAGAUUCUUUUCGAAACAAAAAAAUAAAUCCUCUCUUUCCAAGUAAGCAUAUAUAAUUUAUUUUAGCGGAGAUCAAGUAGUAUUUAUAUAAGAAGUACAGUCAUCUUAUGUUUCAAGUUUAUAAGGAGUCAGAAAUUCGAAGUAUUUUAGAUAAUUUGAAUUGAUGGCAAAAAUAAAGGAUUUAAAUAGUUUUUCCAAAUUGCAUCGAAUCUUCCUUGCUUCAAUCAUCCUUUGCGUUGUAUUUCAAUUUAUAAUUCAAAUUAUUGUAAAUAUUUUAAUAAUUUUUUAGUAAAUAAUUGAAUUGAAUUUCAAUUUAAACGAACUGGUUUCAGAUAUUGACAUAUUGUAAAUAAAGAAUUUUGUAUUCUAACCUCUAGAGACCUUCUUAUUAACCAGAUGGACAAUAUUUAACUACAAAUUACUCAACGAUGCUGGAGAAAUAUCAAAUGUGGAAUAUUAAAAUUUGAUUCAAUUCCCUUUAUCUAAUUUAAAUUUAGGCUAUGAUUCAUUAGAUAAAAAUUUAAAGCAGGUUUUCAAUAGACCUGCACUUUAAAAUUUUCUGGAAAAAACCUACAUAGACAUAUAUGAGUAUGUUACAACAAAUUAAGGAGAAAUCUAUAAUCUUAACCUUAGAAAUAGCAUAAGCAUCUUGAAGAACUUUUAAUAUUCAUUCAAGAUGGCCUAUGAGUUAGAUGGAGGAAUAGUUUCAGAUAGCCCAUAUGUUUACUUUCAAUAUAAGAAUUAUUUAACAAUAAAACAACAAUUCUCUGAACUAAAUAGCAUAGUUUUAGAUUAAACGUUAAAAAGAUCACUUCAAAUUUAAUCUAAACUGUCAAUAAUUACUUUUAUUUGCUUCGGAGCAUUGACUAUUUAAUAUGGUUUUGCAGUUUUUUAUUUUAUUUUAUUAUAAAAAACAGUACUUAAACAUUACUCACUCAUUUAAUAUAUACAAAUUAAAUACAUUGAUUUCGAAAUAAAUUAUUUAAAAAAACUAAUUGAUGGAGUGAAUUAGAAUUAGAAUUUAUUAUUUAGAUAUUAAUUUCGUUUAGAAAAUAAGGAAUCCCUUUUAGAUACUUCCAACCUUAAAAUGAAUUAAAAAAAGCGAGUUAGUAAAUAGCCAAGUAUCCUCAACUAUCAUGAUAUUUACUAUUACCUAUUUUUUAUAUUUUUUCUUGGACUUACAGCUGGAAAUGCUUCAUUGACCUAUUACGAGGGUUGGAAUUAUUUAGAAAAAUAUCCAGAAACUGCUAAAUUUUAUAAGGAAGUAUCUGAUGUAGGAACUGACGUACCCACGAUGUUUGCUUAAAGAGAUGUUCUAUAUAGUCGAAAGGCUAUAAUUCCAUAUUUCAAUUAAAGUGAGUCUGACAGUUUGUUAGAAGAAAUAGUUGAAUCAUUAAAUCGAACCAAAGCCUUCAUCUAAGAUGACUACAAUUUUGAUAAGUAUAUUAUUCAAAUUCAUUAGAUAUGUGGUUUCUGAUUCAUUCAAAGAAUUCUUUUUUUAAAUCUAGAACGACAACCUUUGUGACUUUAUCCCAGAUGAAUUAAAGAAUAAGUCUAAUAGUAUUUGUCAGGUUGUGUUAAAUUAAAAUAUGAGGAGAGGCCUAUAGGCAUUACUUAUUUAUAUUAUAAAUCAUAUUACUACUGAUAUGGAAAUUAAUUAGUUCACUUCAAGAAGUCAAGCAAGCUAUCUGGAAUUAGAAGGAGCAUUUUUAGUAUCAAAUAUAAUUAAGGUUGUAAAUGAUAAAUUUAACAUUGAUUUGAUGGAUUAAACUACUUAUUUUAUGAAUUUAACCAAUGUAAUUUUUAAUCUUAUUUUUAGAUGCAUAACAUCAUUAUGUUUAUCAAUUUAUUUUUCAUAGGAAUCUUAAUACUAACUCGUAUUAAAAAUAAAUUAAUUGAAAAACUUCACAUAGCCCAAAGAUUGACCUACAUUAUGCCAUCAAAAUCAAUUAUUUUAGAUUCAAAUUUUGAAAGGGCGCUCAGAUCACUCUUAAAAGAAUAAUGA